AUGCCGAAGCAGGGUCACCCAGAUACUGGUGUCUCUUCCGAGGUUGGGGGCUCUGUGAAUAUGUUCCUCAAGGACAUCUUUGAGCGCGUCGCGAGGGAAGCGUCGCGCCUGGCGCACUACAACAAGCGCUCGACCGACGCAUCCCAGGAGCUCCACACAGCCAUGCGCUUAUUGCUGCCUCAAGAGCUGGCCAAGCAUGCAGGGUCCAAGGACACCAAGGCUGCUACCAAGUAG